AGUGCGCUGGUGAAAAAAAAAGACAGAGAAACGAAAAUUUAACAAUGAAAAGGACGCAUGAACGCAUUGCAGUUCACCAGUAACUAAACUAGUAUUUUUAUAUUGAAGUCAAUGACGUAGAAUCGUCUAAGCAAGUGAUUUAAAGGUUAGCAGCUGGCUAAAGCGAGACAGGGCUGUGUCAUUGAGAAGGCAGGACACGUCAAGACGAGGAAGGGAGAAAAAAUAGACACUUCUGUCGGAUUAAAGAUUCCCACUUCAUAGUAUCAGAUCACCGGUUUAUUCGAGCUUCUGCGUUAGUUUGCGUUGUGAUAAUAUCUGGAACGAGUGUCUGUCCUCAGUCAUCGCUCGGAUCAGCCGCUAAGGGCUUAGGAAGCAAGAAUAACUGUGUCGGAGCCAGGUUGAACUGGAGAACAUAAAUGGGGGAUUACGGGUUUGGAGUCUUAGUGCAGAACAACACUGGCAACAAGUCUGCUUUCCCAGUACGAAUCCACCCUCACCUGCAAGCGCCCCACCACCACCAGAAUGCGACCGCCAGCCCCGCCGCUUUCAUAAACAGCACCCCGACCGGAAAUGGCAGCAGCAGUGCUUCGACCUGGCUGUUCCCGGCGGCCGGCGCUCACAGCAACAUGCAAGAUGAAAUUCUGGGCUCUGAGAAGCCCAAAGCCCAGCAGCAGGAUCUGCAAGAGAACCAGGAGAAGCAGCAGCAGCAGCUCUCCCCCGGACACCAGGAGAGCGUCAUCAUCUCCGAGCUGGAAAAGGCUCGCGCCGAAGAGAGCAAAGUGGAGAGCGGGUCAUCCGACGGGACCAACGGCAAGGAGAAGCUGCGUUUGGAGUCUCCCGUACUGACGCCCUUCGACUAUCAAGAGCCCUCGGGACUGGGCACAGCUGCCCAGUCCAGCACCUCCUCCUCCCUGACCAGCUUCAACAACUGGUCGGCUGCUAUCCCCGCCACCCCCUCCACCAUCAUCAACGAGGACAUCAGUUUCUUCAACCCGGCCGCCUCGGCCAACAACGGCCCUCUGCUGUUCCAAAAUUUUUCCCAUCACGUCAGCCCAGGCUUCGGGGGCAACUUCUCCCCCCAGAUCGGUCCCAUCUCCCAGCACCACCCACCUCACCCCCACUUCCAGCACCCUCACAGCCAGCACCAGCAGCAUCGUCGUUCUCCGGCCAGCCCCCAUCCGCCACCGUUCCCCCACCGCAGCGCCCCCUUCGGCCAGCUGCCGCAUCUCUCCAACAACCUGAGCAAGCCUCCCUCACCCUGGGGCAGCUACCAGAGCCCCUCGCCCUCUCCUUCUUCCACUUCGUGGAGCCCAGGUGGGGGUUACGGCGGUUGGGGUGGCUCCCAGGGUCGCGAGUACCGCCGUGGCUUGAAUGGCGGCAUGACACCUCUCAACUCCAUCUCACCGUUGAAGAAGACCUUCCCCAACAACCACAUGCCCCAGCAGAAGUACUCCCGUGCCAGCCCCGGAUUCAACCCAAAGUCCUGGAUGGAUGACAGCAGGAGCGAGAACAUCUUCCCUUUUCAGGAUCGUCCCCGUUCAUUCGAUGGCUUCAACAUGCAUUCUCUGGAGAACUCUUUGAUUGACAUCAUGAGGGCUGAGCAAGACACUCUGAAAGGUCGCCUCGGAUUCACCCAUACAGGAGGAGACAGCCCCUUGCCCAUAAAUGCAAGGAAUUAUGGGAGGCGACGAGGACACUCAUCCCUGUUCCCGAUGGAAGAUGGCUUCCCAGACGAGGAGAGAGGCGAUCAGAGCCUGCCUGGCCUGGGUUCCCCCCACUGCUUCCCUCACCAGAACGGAGAGAGGGUGGAGCGCUAUUCUCGCAAAGUCUUUGUGGGUGGCCUCCCCCCUGACAUAGACGAAGAUGAGAUAACUGCUAGUUUCCGCCGUUUUGGGCACCUGUUUGUGGACUGGCCUCACAAAGCAGAAAGCAAGUCAUACUUCCCCCCGAAAGGUUACGCUUUCCUCUUGUUUCAAGAUGAGAGCUCUGUUCAAGCCCUUAUCGAUGCCUGCAUCGAGGAGGAUGGAAAACUCUACUUGUGCGUCUCCAGCCCCACCAUUAAAGACAAACCUGUCCAGAUUCGCCCGUGGAAUCUUAAUGAUAGUGACUUUGUGAUGGAUGGAUCACAGCCCCUGGACCCGAGGAAGACCAUAUUUGUGGGUGGGGUGCCACGUCCGCUUCGUGCAGUGGAGCUGGCGAUGAUCAUGGACAGGCUGUAUGGUGGAGUGUGCUACGCAGGCAUCGACACAGACCCAGAGCUGAAGUACCCCAAGGGAGCAGGGCGGGUCGCCUUCUCUAAUCAGCAGAGCUACAUUGCUGCUAUCAGUGCUCGUUUUGUACAACUGCAGCAUGGAGAAAUCGAUAAACGGGUGGAAGUGAAGCCAUACGUCCUGGAUGACCAGCUGUGCGAUGAAUGUCAGGGGACUCGCUGCGGAGGCAAGUUCGCUCCUUUCUUCUGCGCCAACGUGACCUGUCUCCAGUAUUACUGUGAAUACUGCUGGGCGGCCAUCCACUCACGCGCCGGCCGGGAGUUCCACAAGCCUCUGGUCAAGGAAGGCGGCGACAGACCUCGCCACAUCUCCUUCCGCUGGAACUAAAGCUGGUAGGCCAGGAGAAGACAGAGAGAAAGAGAGGAGGGGGAGAGUAGGCUAGGAGGAGUCGCAAAAUCAUCAUCUAAAUAAAUGCACUUUUCUGUUGCUGGUUCCUUUUUAGUUUAAUUUAAAAAAGACAGACAAAAAAUAUGAUUUUAAUUUGUCAUUUAAUAUAUAUGAAAAAAAAAAUGGAUGUGUAUCCAAAAAAAAGAUUCAGGAAGAAAAAGAAAAUGUCUAAUCCAUCUCUCUAUUUUUUUAUAACUCCAUUAUAUUUCAUUUUCACGUGCACAGAGAUGUGAAUAUAUUGAGUAUUAGUAUAAUUUGUCAGUAAGUAUCUGCAUGACUUUAGAAUUGGCUUUUUGUUAACAUUGCGAUUGGAAGUAUUACGUCCUAUUUUAAUUUAAUCGGAAAAGGCGAAGGAGCAAACGUGAAAAGAAAAGGUGCGGGAAGAGUGCACUUAUUUCUUUGCUACCCAGAGUGCAGAUGUGUGGUCUAAGAUCUCAGUUGUUAACCAAAGCUUGGGAUUUGAGAACAGAAGUGAAUUCUCUCGACGCUCUGUUUCUUUUUUUUUUUUUUUAAUAUACUUUGUAAUUUAAGACCAUGCUAAUCUUUAAUGUUUCUUGAUGACAACAACUGAUUCCACAACAGCUGUCUGGAUUUGAUCUCCAUUGUGACAUGCAAGAAAACUAAUACCUCAAGCUUAGCUGCUAGUUUUAAGUCGAAUAUAUAUAUAUUAAAAAAAACACAAAAACAACAAAAAAAAAACAACAAAAAAAAUCAAGCUGGUCUCACCCUUUCCCCCAGGACCACAGAGAAAAAAAAAAAAAGAAAAGGAAAUGACAUCAGCAAACGGCACAUUGAGAAAAUCUGCUCUGUCACUUCCUGAUUUCGAAUUCGAGAUUCAGCAUCCUAGUGGGGAAUGUAUGUUGUUAAAGUUGCAGUAGUCUGCCUGCGAGCUGGUUCAAGUGCAAGGAACUUGAUUUCGUUUCUGGUCCAGCUUAGCAAGAAGCAGCCGUCGUUCUCUCAGGCUGUUAGCGGCAAGCCUUCGUUUUCAUUUAUAACUCGCAAUAUGUGUCUCCUAAGCCUUUCCCCAGCCCCCAGAAGCCUAAACCCUAAACCCCCCCCCCGAAAAGAGGUGUAUACGUACAAGCAGAACAGCAGUGAAAGCUACUUAGAAGGGAGGAAGACCGAUCGAACAAUGUACCUCCUGUCCUGCAGCAGCCGUGCCCGCUCAGCCUGAGUGUGAAGCAUAACUGAAGGUAGUCCAUGCAUCUCUCCGCUCGCUCGGCCCCCCAGCGCUCACCUGAAACAUAAGAGGUUUUACUUUCAGACAUUAGGGAACCAAAGAUGGCUGUGUAGUAGCUAGCGAAUCCACGACCGUUUCUUUCGCCCCGCAGAUUUUAUUUCGGCUGAUUAUUUCUGCCCCCGACCCCGACCCGACCCGGUCCUCAUCCCGUUCAAUAUAAAGACCAGAUGGGCUCCAGCAAACCAAAGAUUGGCCUUGAAUCGAUCAGCAUGCAGUUAAAGUCCUAGUAACACUAGUGAAAACCACUGAACCUUUUUCGCAAGUCUACCCAAAGGUCAACCGAAAGAGUCGCACGGUCAGGAGUUUACGCCAUCCAAUUCGGUAGAUUUCCGGCAUUUAGCGCAAAAAAAAAAAAAAAAAAACAAGUCAGGGAGUUAGUGAUCAAUUAAGACUUGAUACACUAGUGAGAAAUUUAUCCUUGUGUCGGCCGUUAUCGCCGUCACGUGAGCUGGUGGGUGUGGUGGUUGAACAUUUUCGAAGUUAAACACUUUUUGAAGAAUUUGCUGUUUAAAAAAAAAAAAAGAUGAUUAUUUUAUACAUGGCCUGCUGAUUUUUGGUACAGUGUUUUCUAGCUAAAUUAUUUUGUCAUGCACAUAUAAACAUUUAUUAUGCACUACUUUUCUAAAUACUUUUUUUUUUUUUUUUUUUUUUUUUUUCAACAGUCAUUUUAGGCACAUUUUUCACAAAAUGGAAAAAAAAACUCCUUUUUGCAAUACCUCAAUUUUUCACAUUGUGAAAGGUAGCUUUUGUACUUUUGUUACUGAGAGAUCUGCAUAUAUGGAAAUUUUCAUUUUAAGAGAAAAAAAAAAUAGUUGAGUGAAUUUAAUAUAUAUUAUUUUCAAUUAUGCUUUUUAUACAUUUCAGUGCUGAGGAAUCUUUACAACUAAGCACGCACUUGUGUUGACGCGACAAAUCUGCAGAGGAGAGAUCAGAGUGUAUAUUGCUUAAGGUCUUGGCUCUUGUACACUAGAUUUUAAUGGCAACCCUAGAUUCGGAUAUAUGAUCUGACAGCAGCAUGGUAAGAACACGUUGUCGUUCAUGUUAAUAUUGCGCAAAAUGGCUAAAAGAUAACCUCGUCUUUUUCGGUUUCCUCUCCAUAGCUGGAAUAUAAACGUAUAUAAUAUAAGGAGAAUGCUAAAUCUGGUUCAUGUUUAGGCUGAUCCUCGUAUCACGAGAAUGGAUGUUUGAUGUUUAGAUAUUUUAACAUUUGAAAAAUAUAUAUUCUUGAACUGCCAACUAGUUCCUAUUGUAAUCCUUAGCAUGCAUGAUGAGAAAAAAAAAAGACGUACAUGAAUUAGCUAUUGAAAUUAAUUGUUGUGGUUGUGCACCAGAUGUUUCUAAACCUUUCAUUUAAGGCCACCCCCACACCCUGCACCCUUCCCAUGUUAUUCUCUAUGCCUUCCCCAUAAUCCAGUAUCGAUAGGAUGCACGGAGGAAACACACACACACACACACACACACACACACAAACACACACGUUUAAAAAAAGAAAAAAAAAAAAAGAGAACUCUAAAUGUCAUUGGGUGAAUUUGCAGUGCAGGACGAAAGCAUCUUCUUUAGUACGCUGUUGAAAAGACUUGAGAACUUCAUCCCCACUGUCUGUUUGAAGUAAAUCAAAACCCGUUUGGAGGAAGGGGAACUUAAGACUUGAAUGUGGUAAAUGUUGCAAGUUAACUUCGAGUUGUUAUGUGCAAUACUUUUUUUGAACUUUUUCCAGAUAAAGACUCUUUGCAAUGUAAUUCUUUAAUGCCAUUUUUAAUUGCCGACAUUUAAAGAAGAUGUUAAUAUGUUUUUCACAGUCAUUUUCUACUGUUAUUGUAAUCCUUUUCAUGCUGGUGUUUGUAAAAAAGAAAAGAAAUCAAACUAUUUGUACUAAUAUAAAUAAUUGAAGUUAUUUUUAAAACAUUAAAGGUUUUGUGCUCAUUUGCUUAUUUUGUUUAUUUCAAGCUACUGUGAUUGAUUGCAUUGUAAUUAUUAGGUCAACAAUGUAUUUAGCUGUUUAUUGGUAUAUUUUUAAUUGGAAUGUAUAAUUAAUUUUUAUAAUUUUGAUCAGAUUUUUGUUAUAUUUUUGAGGUGAAGCUUUUAAUAUGUUAAAGUGUCUAGUUUUUACUAAUUGCUAUAUUGUGCUCCACAAUAUAUGGUUCACAUUUUCUGAAGGAAAAUAAAUAUUUAAAUAUCUGUCUGUUAACGAUGUUACUUAAUGGCAAAAUUUCAAUAGUUUUUAACUGUGUAUGGGAAGGUUGUUGUAUUUAUUAAUAGCAUUUUUUACUUAAGAUAUCACCUUAAUUUUUAUUGUCAUUUCACUUUAUAAGUUCCUAUUUUUGUAUUUUUCUUUCUAAUUAAGUUAUGUUAAACGAAAUGUCCAUAUUCUAGGAGUUGGUCUGUAAGUGCUAGUGAAACAAAAAGAAAAAUCUAAUGUUAUUUAAUUGUUUGCAGCCAACUAUUUAUAACAAUAUGCAUAAUUUUUAAAUAUUUGUAAUGUGAAAUGUUGAAUGAAUAAAACUUAACUGUGACAAGA